ACCCGACCGCGAAACCUUCAGUUGUUUCAGUGAUUUUGUUCCGUUCAAAUCAAUCAAUUCAAGGUCGUCGCCGAAUUUAGAAAUAUUUUGUCCUACUAUAUUAAUUACAUUAAAAAAAUAAAAUAAUUUUCUAAAAUGGCUCCGACUUUGUACUACGCUGAUCUAAGUGCCGCAUCGAGGGGUACGCUAUUGCUCGUCAAAGCUUUGGGCAUUGACGUAGAGCUCAACCCCAUCAAUAUGGCUGUCGGGGAACAUAUGACGCCCGAAUAUUUGAAAAUCAACCCCUUCCACACGGUGCCCACUUUGAAAGAUGGAGAUUUCGUGCUUUGGGAUAGUCACGCUAUUAAUAUUUAUUUGAUAGAAAAAUACGCACCCGAAAGCGAGCUCUACCCCUCUGAUCCUCAAAAGAAGGCCACGAUAAACCAAAGAUUGUUCUUCGAUGUCGGUAUAAUUUUCCCCAGAUUGGCAACCAUCGUCGUGGCCCUGCUUAGAGAAGGAGCGAAAAGUGUAAGCAAGGACAAGGCUGAUCAAGUCACUCAAGCGUACAGCCUUUUGGAAACCCUGCUCGAAAAAAGCACGUACGUAGCCGGCGAAAGCUUAACUUUGGCGGAUUUGAGCAUAGUAGCCAACAUCACCUCCUUGAACAUUUUGGUACCACUGGCGGAAAAUAGGUAUCCAAAAACAAGCGAAUGGAUCGCUAGGCUACAGAAACUGCCCUACUAUCAAGAGGGCAACGAAGUUGGCUUGGGACAAUUCACCGGAAUGGUCAGAAGCAAAUUGGCUUAGAAAAGUUUUAUCACUUUAUCAGUAUUUAUGUUUUUUGAGUGUACAUUUUUUUACCUAUCGUGUUCAUGGGUUUGUUUUGGUUCAAACGAUUCCAGUUCAAAAAUAGUUGAAUUAAUUUUUCAAAAAUAACUAGUCGAGUGUAAGUCACUGAUUCUGAACUAGUUGGUAAAAGAAUCAAAACAAGCCUUAUAUGUAUGAUUGUUGAG